AUGCCGUUCACCGCCACCGUGGGAAGAAAUACGUCCACAUUGCCGAAAGUUGGAGGUGGAUCUGGAUGCCGAAGAGUGCCAAAAAGAAGAUUCACCAAUGAGAGUGAAACAUUUGCCCUCCCUGCAAGACUCAGGAGGAAUUCUCGAGAUAAGAUUUCUAAGGGAUAUGGUAUAAGAGUGAAGAAAAGAAGAAACCCGGAAGUUGUUGGUCAAAGACUCUCUUUAGACAGAAUACUUGAAACUUUAGAUAGGAAUGGACUUUGCCAGCUGAUUGAGAAUAUCGUUACCGAACAUCCAGAAAUUUCGCAGGAGGUGGCAAAUUUAUCACCUGAGGUGACACCAGAAGCAGCCUUGUCCGUUCUUAAGACAAAGCUUAACAGUAUAACUAGCAAUAUGCCGUACAAAGUUUCUCCAUCAUCAGAAUACUCGUUUCUGAGAGUGAAAGCACAUGUUGUUGAUUUCUUCCAGGCGUUAUCCGAUUACACUUUGAGCUAUAUGCUGCCGGUGGAGACAGACUCAAUGAAGGCUAUUCAUUUUCUUCUUGAGAUCCUCACGGAUAUUUUCUGCAAGCUUCCACCUUUCCAGGCAAUUGAAUUCAAAUACUACCAUCAACUCACAAUCGACAAGUUCAACAGCAUACUCAUGGAUACGAUAUCGCAGUUUAUCAACGAGCGGAAGCAGAAUAUUCUACUUAUCAUGAACGAGGACUUGCUAGAGAAGUUUGGCAAGGUAAACGAGCUGAACGAGAACCAGUUCAUGCCCGCAUACAUGUUUCUAAAGAAGGAAAUCGAACUGUACAAGAACUCGGGAUCUUUAAUUUUAGAUGGGGCUCGAACUGAGGACUCCAAGGAGAUAUUUGGAUGGAAUGAACUUCACCAGGGAGAAAAUGAGGGUGGCAGUAAGCUAAAAGGAUUGAAUAGCUUGCUUAAUUUCUCUGUUGACAACAGUCCAUUGAAUGGAUCUGCAUUGGGAAAUGUUUAUGACAGCAUAUGA